AUGAAGCUGAAGGUAUACGUUGAUCGAUUGUCACAACCGUCACGUGCAAUUUUAAUCUUCCUCAAGGCAAAUGGAAUAGAGUUCGAGGAGGUGAAAAUAGACAUAGCCAAACGUCAACACAAAUCUCCUGAAUUCAAAAAAAUAAACCCUAUGGGACAAGUUCCUGCUAUUUCUGAUGGGAGAUUUAAACUGUUUGAGAGUCAUGCAAUUCUUACCUAUCUUGCUUGUGCAUUUCCUGGAGUAGCAGAUUCUUGGUAUCCUUCUGAUCUUUUCGCGAGAGCUAAAAUCAACUCAGUAUUGGAUUGGCAUCACUCUAACUUACGCCGUGGCUCAGCGACAUAUGUUCUUCAUACUGUACUAGCACCUGUGCUUGGACUUCCAUCAAAUCCACAAGCAGCUGCUGAAGCUGAGACACUUUUAUCCUCCUCUUUGUCAACAAUAGAGUCCAUUUGGCUCAAGGGAAAUGGAAAAUUCUUGCUGGGUGGCUUCCGACCAUCCAUAGCAGAUCUCAGCUUGGUUUGUGAAAUCAUGCAACUUGAGCUUUUGGAGGAGAAGGAUCGCAGUCGUAUACUUGAUCCGCACAAGAAAGUUCUACAGUGGAUUGAAAAUACUAAAAAUGCAACAAGACCUCACUUCUACGAAGUACAUGAUGUCCUCUUCAGAGCCAAAACAAGAUUCCAGGAGCAGCGGUUGAAGAGGGCAAGCAACAAGACUGAUUCCAGUGAUAGGUCGACUUUGCCUUCAAAGAUGUGA